AUCGGGGCAACAGCGGCUGUCACCGUAUCUCGGUGUUCGUACUUUCAAAUCGACUGUCGCCCGGGACUGAUGUCAAUCGGGAGCUGCUCGAAUUAUCACCACGAAGCGCUCCAUCUACCACUAAGGAAAGAGGUCGAACAUGUCUGCGACUACCAAUGGACACGAUGGAGCUACGCCUGCUCCUCCCACCAAUCUGCCAGAAUGGCUGUCAAAAAUCACGCUGGAGAAGGCGGUGAGGGCACAGAUCGGGGACUUUGAGAAAAUCAUCUCCGUUACGCCAGAGCAUGGCAGCAGUGCUGGCGAGAACUACUCCUCCCUGUUCCUCCGGCUGCUGGUGGAUGUGGAGUUGUUUGAUCACACCACCAAGUGUCUGUCCUUUGUGCUUAAGGCAGAGCCCAGCAACGAAGUGAUAGCCGCCAUUCUGAGCAGGCGGAACCUCUUCUACAAGGAGGAACUGAUGUAUCACUCGAUUAUACCAAAGUACGAGCAGCUCUACGAGGAUGUCGGAAAGACUAUUCAGUUUGCCCCCAAGGCCUUCAAGGUAGACCGCGAUCUGGGCGUGGAUUACAUCCUGCUGGAGGACUUGCAGAAGAAGAACUUCAAGAAUGCCAACCGCCUGGCGGGUCUUGAUUUGAUUCACAUGCAAAGGGUUCUGGAGAAGCUGGCCGCCUUCCAUGCGGCCUCCGCGUGCUAUGUGGAGAAGCAUGGCUUGUUCGGGGAAGAAUUCACGGUGGGAGUGUACUGCGAGGCCAAUCGACAGCUGUUGCAGGAGCUCACUGCCUCCGGAGCCUUUCUCUCACAGCUCAAGAAGUGGAAGAACGCUGAGAAGAUAUACGAAAAGUUGGCUGAUAGCGACAACUACUUGGUGGAUCGUCUGUUCGAGGAUCAUCGGUUCAAUGCCAGGGAGUUCAAUGUCCUGAACCAUGGUGAUUGUUGGGCGAAUAAUGUAAUGUUCCAGCACGAUGCUUUUGGCACCAUCAAGGAGACGUUGUUUGUUGACUUUCAAGUAGGAAAGUACGGCAGUCCGGCCAUUGAUCUGUAUUAUCUUAUCUUGUCCUCGGCUGCCCCAGAGCUAAAAACGGCCAAGUUCGACUAUCUGGUGCGAUUCUAUUUUGAUAAUCUAAUCGAAAACCUGAAGCUACUACAAUACCACCGACCCCUGCCCAAGCUCAGGAACAUCCAUGCAGCCCUCUUCCGCCAUGGCUUGGCUGCCUACAUUGUGGUAUCCAAAGUUCUGCCUGUGGUGAUGCUUGACAAAACAAACAAUGCCGAUAUGGAAAGCUUCAUGAAUGAUGCGUCCAAAAUGAAGGUCGCCAUGUAUACGAACCCCAAAUACGUGCAGGUGAUGUCGGAAUUGCUGCCAUGGUUGGAUAACCGAGGCCUGCUCGACUGGAAAUGAUUAUAUUUAGUGUCCAAAAUUAAAGCUGCUAAUAAUGUAUAUUUAAUAAUUAAAUUUCAGUCACAAAUUGUACAGUCUUUGGCAAAAAAACACAAUAGCUACAAAAUA